AUCUGUUGUUGCAAAUCGAGAGAUUGAAGUAACGCAGAGCACCUGGAUCAUAUAAAAAUGUCAAUUGACGUUCAAGAAGCAAUCAAGGCUAUCCGGGAAAUGUUGCCUAUUAUCGAUCCUGAGGAAGAUUAUCUGACGAUUGUAGCAGCCGAAGAAAAAAUUGCUGCUUCAGAGGCCAAGAGGAAGAAAGAACUAGAUGAGAUUCACGGGAACCUCAAGUCGUUAACCCGUCUGCUUGAAUCUGCGCGUGUAUCUUCCACCAGACCCACAUCUGUGCCCUCAGCAGAAGCACACGCUUCGGCCCUCAAUGAGCUCGACCGCAAUCGUCUAGCGCUGGCCAAAGCCAUCAGCGACGCGGAGGGACUUGUCGCGAGCCGAGAAGCUGAGCUUACGGCACUUAAAGAAGAAUCGCGGAGGCUGGAGCAGUACGAUCCAGCUGCAGAACAUGAAAAAGAACUUGACGGAACAGCCUUAAGACUCCAACUAUACAAAGGAAUGGGAUUUGAACCUAUUAUCGACAAGGACAAAAACAUCUCUAAAAUGCUUGUUCGUUCACAAUCUGGAGAUAUUCACACCGUGGAUUUCACAACCGGCAAGACUGACCUCGAGUACACUCAACUUCUUUGGAAGCUUGCCAGUUCAUGAGUUAUGCCUCUCGUUAUUCUUAUAUCCAUGUAGCCUUUAUAUAUAUAGGUAUAUAGUCUAGCUAAUGUAUCCACGUGUUGUAUUCCAAAAAAUUGUAAAAUAACUGCAUCCAA